CAGAGUGUCCAGGGACUCAGGCCUCUGAUCAAGUUACCCCCAGAGGAUCAGAGGGGUUGACGAAGGAGAAACAUUCAGAGGGCACUGGCUUCUGGACAGCAAUGAGUGCCCGGGCCACACGGCCCCGAAGCCGGCGAGGGAGGCAUGCUCCACCCGGUGAACUGGAUCCCGUGGCUGAGAGUUCAGAGGAGGUCGAGGCAGCCAGUGGGAGCUCCAAGCCCAGCUUUGCCCCACCUCCGGUGAGCUCUGGGCUGGAGCAGCUGGGCCCCAUAGAAGAGGUCAGUGGCCAAGGCCUAGGAAGCAGGACCGACAAGAAGACGGAUGGGGGCUCUGGCAGGGGACUGGCCUCAGCCCCCGAAGUGCCCCACAAACCUGCAGUGGAAGCCCACCAGGCCCCAGAAGCAGCCCUACCGUACAAGGAGACUGUGCCCCCUGGGACUGGGGCCCCUGAUGUGUUUCAGACCCUCCAGCAUGCUCUGAGCUCCCUGGAGGCAGCGGCUGCAGCCUGGCGCCACCGGCCCCCCAGCCAUCCUGUGCCGAUGGAGUUGGAAGGCACAAGCGAAGGGGGACCAGGAUUCCUUGGGAAGCAGGAAGGGGCAGGGAGCUGCCAGCGAGAGGCAGCUCGCCUGGCCGAGAGGAAUGCCUGGCUCCGGCUGGCCCUGAGUAGCCGAGAGGAUGAGCUGGUCCGCACGCAGGCCUCCCUGGAGGCCAUCCGAGCUGAGAAGGAGACGCUGCAGAAAGAGGUUCAGGAGCUGCAGGAUUCCCUCUUGAGGCUGGAGCCCUGCCCACGUAUUUCCCACAGCCAAGCAGGUGGCUCAGGCAGUGGUUCUAGCAGCUCUGAGGCAGAUGGGGAACCCUGGGAGACUCAGGACUCCUUCUCCCUGGCUCACCCCCUGCUUCGGCGCCUCCGCAGCCAUUCCAGCACCCAGAUCCUUGGGUCUCUUCCCACCCAGCCCCUCAGUCCUGAGAUGCACAUCAUGGAAGCCCAGAUGGAGCAACUCCAGGGGAGCAUUGAGAAGCUCAAAUGCUUUAACCGUCUGCUAUCAGCUGUGCUCCAGGGUUACAAGGGCCGCUGUGAAGGCCUCAGCAUGCAGCUAGGCCAGCGGGAGGCUGAGGCCACAGCAUUGCAUCUGGCCUUGCAGUACAGUGAGCACUGUGAAGAGGCAUACAGGGUUCUGCUUGCUCUGCGGGAGGCCGACUCAGGAGCAGGAGACAAAGCCCCCAUGGGUGACCUGCAAGCAGCUGAAAAGGAAGCAUGGAGGCUGCUGGCACAAGAGGAGGCUGCCAUGGAUGCAGGAGCACUGCAGAAUUCACAGCCAAGGUACCCCCCUGGAACCCUGGGAAUUGGCCUGGUUGAGGAGUGGGGUCUUGACUGGGGAAUGGAGCUCCCAGAGCUCACCACGUUUGGGGGCUUGGUGUGGCUGUGUCCAGCAAGGUCGGUAUGGAGCUCACUGUAG